AGUAAUUCUGCAAGGAGCAGCUGAGCAGUGCAGCACUGUAGGAUGCUUCGCCAUGCCCUAGGAAAAACCUUCCGGUUCCUGGGCUACACGGUGCAAUAUGGCUGCAUAGCACACUGUGCCUUUGAGUACCUCGGAGGAAUUGUUGUGUGUUCUGGACCUUCAAUGGAACCAACCAUUCAAAACUCUGAUAUUGUCUUUUCGGAGAACCUCAGCCGCCACUUUUAUUGCAUUCGAAAAGGAGAUAUUGUAAUUGUGAAAAGCCCAAAUGACCCCAAAUCAAAUAUCUGUAAAAGAGUAAUUGGCUUGGAAGGGGAUAAAGUCUGCACAAGCAACCCUUCAGAUUUCCUUAAGAGUCACAGCUAUGUGCCUAAAGGACAUGUUUGGUUAGAAGGUGAUAAUCUCAGGAAUUCUACAGAUUCCAGGUGCUACGGACCUGUUCCUUACGGGCUGAUAAGAGGACGCAUUUGUCUUAAGAUCUGGCCUCUGAAUGACUUUGGAUUUCUACGUGCAAGCCCCAAUGGCCACAGAUUUCUUGAUGAUUAAAAGACUUAAGUUACUAUUGACAGUUUUCAUAGUAUUUUCUACUAGAAUGAAUGGAACUAUUUUUGUUUAGAAUAAACACAACCAUUACUUGACAAAGGAUGUCUCUUUCUGAGAUUACACCUAACUUCAGAUACAAAAAUGAUGUGCCUCUUGCUCUGCUUGCUCUGGUGAGCCACAGUGAGUGCUUGGAUUGAUGGGAGAGUUCAGGGGUUUUGUUCCAAGAUGUGCUGGUCACUCCCAGGAGUGCUGUGGGCUGGGGUCAGAGCACAGCUUCCUCCUUAGCUUUCCUCUCAGGAAUGAUGCCUCCUUUUUCUCCAACGAUGGAGAGCCUCAGCUCAGCAUGUGCUCCUGCUCCAGGCUGCCCAGGUGAUGUCACUGCCACAGGACUGCCUCAGCACUGGGACACCCAGCUGGACAGAUUUCAUGAACUUAAAUAUUUAGCUUAUAAAUAGAAAAUGUUCCUGUUUCCCACUGCUGAACCUUGCUGUUUUUGUCAUCUCCGAAGCAUUCUCACACC